AUGUAUAUAUAUCACAUAGUUGUUACAUAUAUGUCCAAGUAUCUAGAUGAGUCACUACUCAUAUCAAUUUUGCAGCAAAAGAAUUUGGAGGAUGGAGGUAACGAGAAAUUGAAGGCACACCUAACAGAACAGAUGUAUGAAAAUCUUGGAAUGGUAAUGGUUUUUACAAUGGUCAGUGCAGCUCAAGAAUGGCUGAACGUACAGUGGGACAAGAUAAACCUGAGGAGAGAGGAGACUGCGGCACAAAAACUGAAGGAGGAAAAGGAUGGAGAAGGGGUAAGACUAGUUUUCCUCAUUGUUCUUUUGAGAUUUAAAGAUUCUAAUAAGUAAUUACAUAAAAUACAGUCUGUUAUGUAGUUAUCACAUUUCUAAAAUAAGAAAAACGAUGAAAUUAGAUUUCUCUUUAAUUUUACUUUUCCAGAAAAUUAGGAACACUUAGUAUCUUAUUACAACAGUUACUUUUUUAUUUGUGUUUAAAAUUUUAUUUGUGUUUAAAAUAUUGAA